AUGGUGGUUUUUGAUGGUUACAGUGAUGUCAACAGCACAAAACGAGCAGAGCAGAAGCGACGAGGUUUGACUAGAACGUCGGUUGACAUUAACUGUAACGAAAAUACGAUCAUCACUGUUCAACAGGAGCAUUUCCUUGCCAAUGAAAACAAUAAAACUAGGCUGAUUCAGUUCCUCACCGAGAAAAUGACAGCAGCAGGGAUUGAAACAACUGUUGCAACAGGAGAUGCUGAUGGUACUAUUGUCAGCUGCGGGUUGGAUAAGGCUGCCGUUCAUCCAACUGUUGUAAUAGUUGGGGAGGAUGUCGACUUGAUAGUCCUCCUCAUGGGAUUGGCUCCACCAAAUAUCAACGUGUUCUUUAUGAAACCAGGACGUGGAAAGGUGGAGACCAAAUUGUUUUCAGUGCGACAACUUCAACAGCUUGAAUUUGCCAAGUCAAUUCUCCUUCUCCACAGCUUCUCUGGAUGCGACACCACCUCCGCAAUCCAUGGAAAGAGCAAAGUGGGAAUUGCUAAGCUGUUCACGGCUAAACCAGAUCUGACCCAAAACAUCUCAGACAUUUUCAGUGGGCUUUCAACAUCACCUGAAAGUAUUGAACAGGCUGGCGAGAAACUGUUUCUGGCAAUUUACCAAGCGCCUGUCCAGGAACAAAAUCUCAAUAAAUACCGAUACUCAGCUUUUUUGAGAGCAUCGAUGAAGCCGAAAUCAGAUCUGGCCACUCUUCCUCCUACCAGAGGAGCUUCGAAGCAGCACUCAUUGAGAGUGUACUUACAGAUACAACAAUGGCUCGGCAACCCCCUACCACCCACUCAAUGGGGCUGGGCCAGAGGGGACGAUGGCAUCCUAAAGCCGGUGACAACCAAUGAUCCAGUGGCACCUGAGUCCAUUCUCAACACCAUAUUUUGCCGGUGCACGACUGGGUGUGGGGUGCGAUGCGGCUGCCGGAAAGCAGGAAUUGCCUGCUCCAGGGUCUGCGGCGUAUGCUCCGGCUCAUGCACUAACGGAGCCCCCAUCGAAAACACCGUCGACGAUGAUGUUGAUGAUGAUAUUUUAUAUUUAGAAGAUAAUUAG